GACUGCUGGCGGCUUAGUAAAAACAUGUCUCUUCAUGUACUGAAACUUUUUAAACUUCUCUCCAACAAUCAGCAGUGAAUCUUUUAAAAGAUUGUAUCAGAGGGUCAAAGAGGGUCUGUGGGUCAUUGAUUGUUCCUGGGAGCUAAAAAGAGGGAAUCUGAGAUUCAGUGGCAGUAAAGCCAGCAGAGCAACUUCGUUUUGAAGAAGGCUUCAUCCUGAUCGGACAUGUCCAAGAGGGUGUACGUCUCUAAAGCUGCAGCUGUGGCCACGGUGACAGUGGCAGCUUUGGCACUGAUUACUGUCAUCGGAAUGAUCAUUUUCCACAACAUCAGAACCAAAGAAUGCCCUCAUCUAUUACAGACAACAUUUCCGCCAACCACCACCUCAACCCCAACUGGACCACCACCCGACAUGAGACUGCCAGGAGACCUGAUUCCAGAGAGCUACAAGAUAUACCUGCAGACUCACCUGUACUUGAACAUGACUGACAUUGAAAAUCAGAACUUCGAUUUUACAGGGAAUUCUACUGUGAAGUUCAAAUGUGUGAAUGCUACCAACACCAUCUACAUCCACAGCAAGGGUCUCGAUCUGACUUUGAUAGGCGUGGCUGAUGAAAAAGGGAAGGAAAUGGCAACUCACCAGGUCCAAUUGGUGGAGGAUGAGAGGAAUUUUGUAACAAUAGAGCUUGUUGACUCUUUAAGGGUCGAUGGACUGUACUAUCUAAGCACUGCAUUUAAGGGGCAAGGUUUUCAUCAGAGUGGCCUGUCUGUGGCACAUUACACAGGUGAAAAAAAUGAAGAAAGAUUUCUUGUAUUUUCCCAAAUGGAGCCCUCAGAUGCAAGAAGAGUAUUUCCUUGUUUUGAUGAACCAGCUAUGAAAGCCAUCUUUAACAUCACUAUAAUCCACAGAAAAGGGUCUAUAGCUUUAAGCAACAUGCCACAGAAAGAUCAAGUGGAAAUGGAUAUUGAUGGCGAAGAGUGGUUAAUCACUGAGUUCCAUCCCACAAAGAAAAUGUCAACUUAUGUCUUAUCUUUCAUAGUGUUUAACUUUGAAUCUAAGGAGACAAACUAUGGGAGUUAUACAUUAAAGACAUGGGCAAGGCCUGAAGUCGUGUCUGCCGGGCUUGUGGACUAUGCGCACAGCAUCACUGGGAACAUUCUGGACUUCUUUGAAGAGUAUACUGGUAUAAAAUAUCCCUUGGGCAAACUUGAUCAGGUUGGUAUCCAAGGAUUUGAAGCAAGAGGCAUGGAGAACUGGGGACUAAUCAUGUACUCUGAGGGCAUUCUCACGUAUAAUGAAGAGGUCUUCACCACAACAGAGAAAGGGAUUGCUGCCAUAGUAAUUGCUCAUGAAGUGGCCCAUCAGUGGUUUGGAAACUUGGUCACAAUGAAGUGGUGGAAUGACUUAUGGCUGAAGGAGGGUUUUUCUACAUAUAUGUCGUACCUUGCGAUGGACAGAGUGGAGCCUGGUGGGAAUAUGAAAGAUCUGAUCAGUGUCCAGGAAAUCCAGGCGACACUUGGUAUGGAGGUGCUGGUUGCAGAACAACAUCUUACGACUAAAGAAGAAGACAUACAGAGUAAAUCCGACAUCAAUAGUCUCUACAACAUCAUAAUCUACAACAAGGGGGCAGUAGUGUUAAGAAUGAUUGCAGAAUUCUUACCGGAGGGUGUCUUUCAAAAUGGUGUGCAGUCAUACCUAAAGGCUAACCAGUACAGCAACGCUGAAACACAGAACCUUUGGAGUCACUUACAGAUGGCAGUGGACAACGCCAGCUUUGACAUAGCUGUAGCAGAAGUUAUGGACACCUGGACACAGCAAUCUGGCUACCCUAUGAUAACCAUAAACACCACAUCUGGAGAAGUGUCACAGGAACACUUCAGUCUCGACACAGACAAAGAACAGACAAACCGCACCUGGAAGGUUCCGAUAAAAACUAUGAAAUCAGACUCAGAAGUGAUUGAAUUGUUUUUGCUGACUGUGGAAGGACCGGUGUCAAAUCCAGCAUAUCUGUGCAAUGAAAAUGAAUGGAUUCUUGCCAGUGUUAACUACACUGGAUAUUACAGAGUAAACUACAACCCUGAGAACUGGGAAAAACUGCUUCAACAGCUGGAAACAGAUCACCGGAAAAUACCUACCCGCAGCAGAGCUCAGCUAAUUGAUGAUGCAUUUACUCUGGCACGAAAAGGAAAAGUCAAUAGAACACUGCCUUUGAGAAUCACCAAGUAUCUUUUGAAAGACACAGAGUUUAUCCCAUGGGAAUCUGCUAGGAAAUACCUGGAGAACAUCAUUCUCAUGUUUGAUCGCACUGAGGUCUACGGCACAAUUAAGGCAUACGUGAGGAAGUUGGUUGGUCCACUUUAUGACCAUUUUGAAAACUUUACCUGGAAUUCAUCCAUCCCAGACAGCUGCACUGCACAGCUCAACCAGAUUAAUGCAGUCAAACUCGCUUGUGCCAUUGAGCUUCCAAAGUGCCAAAAGAUGGCAGCUGAUCUCUUCGAGCAGUGGAGGAAAUCUCCAACCACAAAUCCGAUACACCCCAACCUGAGGCCCAUGGUGUACUGCAGUGCCAUAGCUUCAGGAGGAGAACUGGAGUGGGACUUUGCCUGGGAGAUGUUGCAGACCUCCCCCAUUAAUCAAGAGAGAGAGAGGCUUAUGGAAGCCCUGGCCUGCACCAAGCACGUCUGGAUCCUCAACAGGUACAUGCUGUAUGCUCUGGACCCAGAUUACAUGCAAUUCAUCGACAUUGUUACCGUGAUCGGCUACAUUGCCAAGAAUGUGAUAGGGCAUUCCCUUGCUUGGGACUUUGUCAGAUCACAUUUGAAUUCGACAAAGCCACCAAAGAUGAUUGGGUUUGUCUUAAUCGAUCUGAUAUCGCACAGAUUUUCCACCGAGUAUGAGCUACAGCAGAUAAAGGAAAUCCAGGCGCAGGAAGAUGGGAAGUCUUAUGGAUCUGAUAUUUUGGAGAAAAUCUCAGAAAAAAUACGAAGUCAGAUCAAGUGGAUGGAGGAAAACAAGCAAACUGUUUCCCAGUGGUUUCAAAAGGAGGCUUCACAAGGAAGUUCCCCAGAAUGAGGAACAGACACAGAAUGAAAGAAAAUGAAAUAAUAUAUAUAAUUCAUUUUUAAAUAAUAAUAAUGAUAAUUUAGAGAACUUUAUUUAUACAGCUGUUUUCAUACCAGCAGUCAGAGCGCUUUUUGCAAUAAAAUAAAAGGCAGUAAAAGUACCACUAGACAAAUACACAGUUAUAAAUAUGAGUAGUCAUUAGUCAAACGGAUAUCCACAGCAGAAACGGAAAUUGGAAGGUUAUCCAGAGCAGUGGUUCUCAAACUCGGUCAUGACACAUUUUGCCAUUUUGUUUCAAUCACCUUGAUUGAAGCAAGGGGUAUUUCAUGAAGCAGGAUUACUGAGUUAGCUGAACUGACGUGAACCAGGAACAGUGCUUUUUACUUCAGUCCAUAUUUCAGAUUUGGGAAUGCUCCAGGUUUACUCAGCCCUGCUUCAAGAAAUAUCCCUGAGGAGGACUUUUAUUCUUCAUAGGAUAAGCUAUUUCAAACAUAAUGUGUAUUAAAGGGCUAAAUAAUCCCUCUAAACAUGAAAAUCACCGAAUUUAGAUAAAAUUACAUGAACCAGCAUACACAGGUAUGCAAGUUUGGGAACCACUGAUCUAGAGGGGCCAGGGGUGCCAUGGUGCAAUUUCAGUUUGUGAGGGCGAGUCUUCAGCUUGCAUCAGAGCAUGGGCAGGGUUUCUGCUGUUCUGACUGCAGUUGUGAAGUCAUUCCACGACUGGGCGCCCAGACAGGCAGGGUCUGACGUCCAGAGGUAGCAGAAUAGAGGAGUAUAGAGUCUGAUGAUCUUUUAAAGAUAUACUGUAAUGGAGCUUCCCCUUUAGCUGCAGAUAGGGUAGCACCAAUGUUCUAAAUUUGAUGUGAGGUACAGGUACAGGUAGCCAGUGCAGGGAGAUAAGAAGAAGAGCAUGGCUGCCGUAGAGCUCUCAGAGAAGGAAGGUUUGUUGUCAAGUACCAUUCCAGGAUUCCUGGCAGAGAAAGACGCACUGUGGUGCCAGCCGAAACAGGGAGUGACCACAAACACCCCCCCCCCCCCCCCCCUUCAUGCUGCCAUUGUGCUGGGAGCGCAAACAAAUUCUGAUGGCAUGAUUCAACCUAUCAAUGAAUUGCUUGUUGGCAUAGAAAUGACCUUUAGUUCUAUGGCUCUCAUGUAAUCAAGAGCUAUGUGCUGCAUCCAGACAGCUCUUUCUGCUUUGGGGCGAAGCCUUGGUAAAAUGUAUUUAAGGACACCAGGUGAUUGCUUUAUGACAUUAUGUAUCUGCUAAUGAAAAGAGUUGUUGCUAUUUAAUUCUGCUUAAGACAGUCAGGUGAAGUCCAGUAAAGGAUGUACUGUACUAAUUUUAUUCUAGCACUGGGUUCAUAGGGGAGGUGAUUGUAAACACCAUGACGUCACCCUUCCCUCUAUUCUCAGGAGUGAACACUGACAUUAGGACUGGAUUCAAUCGACCUUUGUCCAAUUUGCAAUCAAACUGAAAAUGACAACUGACUUGUGCAUAAUAUGACAAAAGUUUAAUAAAAUGCAUUUAACCCCAACUAAAA